GAACAGGUGAACUUCUACACGUACACCCAGUCAACUCCGCAACUGCAGGAAGAGCACGAGAACACGACUUUCACCGGGACCGUGACGAAGAUGGAAGAUUGCUUCAACUACCAGGCGGCUGUGAAUCUGACCAUGGAAUACGCUGCAGUCAUAUGCUGUGCAAAUAUGUCUGGGUCUGGAACAAAGCAACUUGUCAUGCUAAAUCUGGAUCAUGUAAAAAUCUGCGUUGCAUGAUUGCCAAAAGCUCCUGCUCACUUUUGACCUAAUAGAGAGGUAGUUUCUCAUGCAGGAUAGGCAUGGUAGAACUCUCACAGAAUCUGUCAUGCUAUGUCCUACACAUCAGACCUCAUGGGUCACGGAAAACCUGCAUGACAAGUCUGGCAUUCGUCCAGAGCCAGACAUUUUUGCAGUUGAUAAGUCAGUCCCAUCAACAAAAACCCGUGCUACAUCCACAACCCGUACGCGCCGGCGAGUGACAACGGGGGGCACUUGCACAUCGGGGGGCCUUAUGGAUUGUAAAAAUGUCUGGGUCUGGAAGGUUGAAACUUGUAAUGCUAGCUUUCCAUUAUACGUAGAAAAUCUGUAUUGCAUAACCAACAAAAGUCGCAGCCUCUUUUGUCAUGCAAAAACGCAGUUUCUCAUGCGGAUUGCCUAUGAGAAAGCGUUUUGGGAAGUUGUCAUGCCGGACUGCAUUCGGAAGUGUCUUCAUCAUGCACAUUUUAGCAUCACAAGUUUCCAGACCCAGACACUUUUGCAUUUCAUAUGCCUUUCGCCUGUCCGGUGUCAAUAACCCCCGGUGGGAACUGGUCCGAUCCGAACUCCUGGCCGAAUAAGUACGUGCCGGUGGAUAUCAAAUGCAAAAAUGUCUGGGUCUGGAAGAAUGCAAGAUUUGUCAUGCAUAUUUCUCAUGACCCAUGAUGCCCGUAAUGCAUGACCUAGCAUCGCAGACCUUUAGAGGGCUUCCUGGUGCACCUUCCGCAUGAGAAAAGCCCUGUCCGUGUAGCACAAACUGUGCCCCUCUUGCUGGUCAUGCAAUACAAAUCUUUUUAGAGUCCAAAAACAGCAUGACAGGUUGCAAUCUUUCAGACCCAGACAUUUUUGCAUUUGAUAGUGGACGGGGAAGAUGUGUACAUCGAGAAUUACAUGUCGAUUGUCUUGGACGUGAAUUCGACCGCGAAAUUGGGCAGGUUGUCUGUGCACGGGGAAUUGAUUUUUAGUGAUAAUGCGGAAAACGUGAAGAUCGUGGC